UAUGACAGUCAACGUGUCUCAAGUAAUUGUACGUGGAGUGAUUUUUUGUGUAAGGAAGAGUGGCAUGCCAAGUUAGGUCACGUUUGGUUGUUAUUAGACCGUAAUCUUGAGCCGAUUUUAUGCCGCGUUCCAAAAACAAAAAUAUCCUGCUUAAACUUUUUCGGUGUAAUCUCAGGGUCAUCACCAAUAUUGGAAGCAUGACGUGUUCAUAACCUAUGCUAAUACCAUUUGUUUUCCAGAAAGCCAUAUGCUUUACUGUUUAUGUGCAAGUUGAGUGGUCAGAAUUUUUAAAAUCAUGAGUACUCGUAAACGUGUAGGGGGGGAUGUGCGUAAUAAAUCUGUAACAUUGGAAGAUGGGUUUGGGACAGGGAAUCCAAGAGUUGAAGAAAGUAGUGAUAUGAAAGGAGAUGAAUGGAAUAUUGCUAUUUUAUUUUUCUUGUAUGUAUUACAAGGCAUACCACUGGGUCUUAGCUCAGCAAUUCCCAUGUACUUACAAAACAGAGGUGUUAGCUACAGGCAACAAGCACAGUUUAGCUUUGUUCACUGGCCAUUCAGUGUGAAACUUCUUUGGGCGCCAAUAGUGGAUUCAUUAUUUUCAACCCGAUUUGGGCGAAGGAAGUCAUGGCUAAUUCCAGCACAGUAUCUGAUUGGAUUUUUUAUGAUUUUUCUAUCUGGCAAAGUUGAAGAUUGGUUAGGCUCUGAUCAUUUCAACAUGCAUGCACCAAACAUAGCUAUUCUUACAUUCUGCUUCUUCUGCCUUAACUUCCUGGCUGCAACACAAGAUAUUGCCGUUGAUGGAUGGGCACUCACAAUGCUCAAAAGGCGCAAUGUAGGCCAUGCAUCAACUUGUAACAGUGUUGGUCAGACUGCUGGAUACUUCCUAGGCUAUGUAAUUUUUGUGGGAUUGGAAUCAGCAGAGUUUUGCAACGCUUACUUACGAAGAGAUCCAUUGCCACAUGGAAUUGUCACUUUACCAGGAUUCCUGUAUUUUUGGGGUAUUGUUUUCCUGUUUUCAACAACUUUAGUAGCAAUAUUCAAGAAAGAAUGUUCCUCUAGAGAGAGACAUAUAGAAGCAGAACCCAAUUUGGGAGUUGCACAAGCCUACCACCUGCUAUGGAACAUCACACGGUUACCUUCCAUACGUACAACUGCACUGAUACUGCUUACAAGCAAAGUUGGCUUCAGUGCUUGUGAUGCAGUGACUAGUUUGAAGAUGAUUGAUGCAGGAUUUCCAAAGGAGAAAUUAGCACUUAUGGCAAUUCCUUUAGUUCCAUUACAAAUAAUACUACCCCUUGCCAUUAGUAAAUAUACCGUUGGCCCAAGGCCCAUGAAUAUUUAUAUAUCUGCAUUUCCUUAUAGGCUAUUAUUUGGCAUCAUAGCAGCAGGUUUAGUAUGGAUUACUCCAUUCAUAGUACAAAAUGGUGAUGUUCCAUUGUAUUAUUAUGUAGUUCUCAUCCUCAUUUAUUCACUACACCAGGUUACACUUUAUAGCAUGUUUGUGGCUGUGAUGGCUUUUUUUGCACGAAUAAGUGACCCUGCUGUAGGAGGAACAUAUAUGACUCUUCUGAACACCUUGUCAAACCUGGGAGGAAAUUGGCCUGGUACACUCGCACUCUGGAUGGUGGACAGUCUCACAUAUAAACAGUGUUCUGCACCUGAACUCCAAAACAAUACAUGUAUAACAGCAGAGGAGACAGAGGAAUGUUCAAAAGUUGGAGGCUCAUGUGAUACUUGGAUAGAUGGCUACUUUGUGGAGACUGCACUGUGUACUGUGAUUGGUUGGUUAUGGCUCCUGUGGGGGAAACGCAAAAUAAAUGAACUGCAGUCAAAAAGUCAUCAGGAGUGGCAAGUUGUUCAGCGGAGGGAAGCAAGUUAACCCUGUUUUGAUGUACAGAACUAGAUGAUUUGUUUGUUGAGUGACAGGGCAUAAGUAUUCAAUUGUUGCCAUUAUGUGUUUUUAGUACAACUUGUAUUUUGACAAACCCACAUUCACAUACAUUCAAUUAAAAUAAGAAAGCACAGAAUUACAUGCUUGCUUUCCAACUGUCACAUAUGUUUCAAUUCUACACAUAAUUUAUAUUUUUUACUGUGUAUUUAUACAGUAAACCUUUAUCUAGCAAGGGAGUUA